UUUCUCUCUCUGGAAGCUUCAAAUUCCCUUCACCUUCUUUCCCUCUUUCCUUUCAAUUUUUUCCCUAGCUAUUCUACAUAUAUGGUACUCAACACUCCACACACACACUGAUCACACUAGUAAAGAUAAUACUGCGAUCGCUGUUGUUGCGACUUAGGUAUUGAAACCGAAAAAUAAAAAAAAAUAUGCCUCUGUUUAUGACGGAGGAGGAGUUCCGGCGGUGCGUUCAGGCGAACGACGCCGGUUCGGUGGCGGAGAAGGCGGACUCCUACAUACGAGAGCUGUUCAAGCAGGUGGAGACGGUUAGGGCCGAGGCCGACGCCGGCUCCAUCACCGCCGAGCAGACCUGCUCUCUCCUCGAGCAGAAGUACAUCUCCCUCUCCUCCGAAUUCGCCAAGCUCGACUCCCAAAACGCGCAGCUUCAGUCCUCCCUUGAUCGCCACCUCGCCGACCUCGCCCUUCUCCAAUCCAACAAGCACCAGCAGAAUCUCCACUCCAUUGGAAAGGAUGGAGAGAUAGAGAGGUUAGCAGCAGAGGUAUCGGAGUUGCAUAAGUCAAAAAGGCAGUUGAUAGAGUUUGUGGAGCAGAAGGAUUUGGAGAUCGGUGAGAAGAAUGCCACUAUCAAGAGCUAUCUUGAUAAGAUUGUCAAUUCGUCCAACAGUGCCUCACAAAGGGAGGUCCGUGUCAGUGAACUUGAGUCAGAGUUGGCACGUACUCAGGCUGCAUGUACUCGUCUCAAAGAGGAGAAGGAACUUGUCGAGAGGCAUAAUGUGUGGCUUAAUGAUGAGUUGACAGCCAAAGUUGACAGUGUUAUUGAGCUGCGUAGAAAAAGUAAUGAUCUUGAGGAUGAUAUGUCCACUAAGCUUGCAGAUGUUGAGAGGCAAUUAAAUGAAUGUUCUAGCUCGUUACAAUGGCACAAGGAAAGAGUUAGGGAGUUAGAGAUGAAGCUAACAUCCUUGCAAGAGGAAUUAUGUUCAUCUAAAGCUGCUGCUGCAGCCAAUGAAGAGCGAUUAUCUGCUGAACUCUCAACAGUUAAUAAGCUUGUUGAACUAUACAAAGAAAGUUCUGAGGAAUGGUCCGGAAAGGCGGGAGAUCUUGAGGGCGUUAUCAAAGCUCUAGAGACACGUUUAAGUCAAGUUGAAAAUGAUUAUAAAGAGAGGCUUGAAAAGGAAGUGGGUGCAAGAAACCAAUUUGAAAAGGAGGCAGCAGAGCUGAAAGAAAAACUUGAGAAGUGUGAAGCUGAUAUUGAAAGCAGUAGAAAAUCAAAUGAACUGAAUCUUGUUCCACUCAGCAAUUUCAGUUCAGAAACAUGGAUGACUUCAUUUGAAACGAAUGACAUGGUUGAGGAUAAUCGCAUGAUUGUCCCCAAGAUUCCUGCAGGUGUUUCAGGAACAGCCUUGGCAGCUUCGCUUCUGCGUGAUGGUUGGAGUCUGGCCAAAAUGUAUGCAAAAUAUCAAGAGGCUGUUGAUGCUCAGAGACAUGAGCAGUUGGGAAGGAAGCAAUCUGAGGCCAUUUUGCAGCGGGUCUUAUAUGAAUUAGAGGAGAAAGCGGAAGUCAUUUUGGAAGAAAGAGUGGAACACGAGAGAAUGGCAGAGGCAUACUCUAUGAUCAACCAAAGACUACAAAAUUCCCUGUCUGAAGAGGCCAACUUAGAGAAAACCAUCCAAGAAUUGAAGGCUGACUUGAGGAGGCAUGAACGUGACUAUAAUCUUGCUCAGAAAGAGAUUUUUGACCUCCAGAAACAGGUGACUGUUCUUCUUAAGGAAUGUCGAGAUAUACAACUUCGUUGUGGAUCUACAGGGCUUGAUGGUCUUGAUGAUGGUACAACUGCUGUUGGUGGGACAAAUUUGGAGUCUGAUACUGAAAAAGUCAUUUCAGAACGCCUUUUGACAUUUAAGGACAUAAAUGGAUUAGUUGAGCAGAAUGUCCAACUAAGGAGUCUCGUUCGCAGUCUUUCUGAUCAGGCUCAACGUAGAGAGAUGGAGUUCAAGGAAACAUUUGAAAUGGAGCUCAAAAAGCAUACUGAUGAAGCUGCAUCUAAGGUUGCUGCUGUGUUACAAAGAGCUGAAGACCAAGGGCGCAUGAUUGAAUCCCUUCACACCUCUGUUGCAAUGUACAAAAGGUUAUAUGAAGAGGAGCAUAAACUUCAAUCAUCUCUGCCCCAUUCUGCAGAGCUUGGUUCAGACAAUAGGAGGACUGAUUUAAAGCUUCUUCUCGAAAGAUCUCAGGAAGCUUCUAAAAAGGCCCAUGAGCAGGCUGUGGAACGGGUGAAAUGUCUUGAAGAGGAAUUGUCAAAAUCUAGGAGUGAGAUUAUAUUAUUACGAUCGGACCGUGACAAGUUGGCCCUGGAAUCUAAUUUUGCUAGAGAGAGACUUGAAAGCUUUAUGAAGGAAUUUGAGCAUCAGAGAAAUGAAUCGAAUGGCAUUUUAGCUAGAAAUGUGGAGUUUUCGCAAUUAGUUGUUGACUACCAACGAAAGCUGCGUGAAAGUUCUGAAUCUUUGCAUGCUGCUGAGGAACGUUCUCGGAAGCUGACUAUGGAGGUAUCCAUUUUAAAGCAAGAAAAGGAAAUGUUAUCAAAUGCUGAGAAGAGAGCUUGCACUGAAGUUUGUAGUUUGUCAGAGAGGGUGCAUCGUCUACAGGCUAGCUUGGACACUAUUCAAAGUGCUGAGGAAGUUCGUGAGGAGGCAAGAGUUGCUGAGAGGAGAAAACAAGAGGAGUAUGUUAAGCACGUUGAGAGGGAAUGGGCUGAGGCUAAGAGAGAGCUGCAAGAAGAGCGGGGUAAUGUUCGAAACCUCACAGUAGAUCGUGAGCAGACCCUAAAAAAUGCAAUGAGACAAGUUGAAGAAAUGGGAAAAGAGUUGGCUGAUGCUUUGCGUGCUGUCGUGGCUGCUGAAUCCAGAGCUGCUGUUGCUGAGGCGAAACUGUUGGAUCUAGAGAGAAAAAGCAAAUCUUCAGAUGCUAUGGAUGUUCAGGUGGAUGGUGGGAAUGAACCCUCGUCUUUCUCGAGCAAUGAGGUGGUUGUAGAAUUGCAUAUGGCAAAGGAAGAGAUUGAAAAGUUGAAAGUGGAAGCACAGGCUAACAAGGAUCACAUGCAACAGUAUAAGAGCAUUGCUCAGGUGAAUGAAGAUGCGUUAAGACAGAUGGAAUGUGCCCACGAAACCUUCAAGAUUGAGGCUGACAAACUAAAGAAAUCACUAGAAGCUGAACUUCUUUCCCUUAGAGAGAGGGUUUCUGAACUUGAAUAUGAGUCUGGUUUGAAGUCGGAAGAAGUAGCUUCUGUGGCUGCAGGGAAUGAGGAGACUCUUGCUUCUUCUUUGGCUGAAAUUACUAUAUUAAAGGAAGAAAUAUCAGUUAAAACUUCCCAAGUUUUAGAAAUGGAAAUUCAGAUUUCUGCUGUGAAAGAGGACUUGGAGAAAGAACAUCAGCGAUGGCGUGCUGCUCAAGCCAAUUAUGAAAGACAGGUUAUCCUCCAGUCUGAGACUAUUCAGGAGUUGACAAAAACAUCACAAACCUUGGCGUCACUCCAACAGGAAGCAUCUGAGUUGCGUAAAUUGGCAGAUGCACACAGAAGUGAAAAUAGUGAAUUGAAAGCUAAGUGGGAAGUGGAGAAGGCAAUGCUUGAGGGAUCAAAGAAUGAUGCUGAGAAAAAGUACAAUGAAAUAAAUGAACAGAACAAAAUACUACACAGUCGACUUGAGGCUUUGCAUAUUCAAUUGGCCGAGAGGGAUCGUCAUUCUGCGGGAAUGCCUUCAGGAAGCACUGGCACAGAUACACUUGGUGAUUCUGGCUUACAGAACGUUAUCAAUUAUCUUCGGCGAUCAAAAGAAAUUGCAGAAACAGAGAUUUCUUUGUUAAAACAGGAAAAGCUGCGACUACAAUCACAACUUGAGAGUGCUCUUAAAGCUGCAGAGACUUCCCAAGCCUCACUUCAAGCUAAUCGUGCAAAUUCAAGAGCAUUGUUGUUCACUGAGGAAGAAAUCAAAUCUUUGCAGCUUCAGGUCAGAGAAAUGAAUUUACUUCGUGAAAGCAACAUGCAGCUCAGAGAAGAAAACAAGCACAAUUUUGAGGAAUGCCAGAAAUUGCGUGAAAUCACUCAAAAAGCAAGGACUGAGACUGAGAAUCUAGAGAGUCUACUGAGAGAGAGACAAAUUGAGGUGGAAGCUUGUAAGAAAGAAAUUGAAAUGCAAAAGGUUGAGAGAGAUAACCUGGAAACAAGGUUUGGUGAGUUACUUGAAAGGUGUAAAAAUAUAGAUGUGGACGAUUAUAACCGUAUGAAGGAUGAUGUUCAACAGAUGCAGGAGAAACUAAAAGAUAAGGAUGCUCAGAUAGUUGAGAUCAGAAAGCUUCUUUCCGAAAGGCAGGAUCUAAUAUCAAAAUUGGAGCAAGAUCUCUCUAAAUGCAAAUUGGAUCUGAAUGAGAGAGAGAAGAGGAUAAAUGAUAUUUUGCUAGUUGAGGCUAAUUCAAAGCAAGAUGUGGAGAGGCAAAGGAAGAUUGUGAUUCAAUUUAAGAGGAAGUAUGAGAUUGCACUAAAGGAAAAGGAAGAACUGAGCAAAGAGAACCAAACUCUUUCUAAGCAGUUGGAGGAGUCCAAACAUGGGAAAAGGUCAAUUGUUGAUACAACUAGUGAACAGGCUAUGAAGGAGGAGAAAGACACCAAGAUACAGACUCUAGAGAAACAUAUGGAAAGGCUGAGAGAGGAAUUAAGGAAGGAGAAGGACAGGCGUUUAAAGAUUGAGAAGGCAAUAAGGGAUUCUUAUAAUAACGUUGACCAGGAUAAAACAAAGUUUGUAAAUGAACUAGAGAUGCAUAAGCAGGCGCUGAAGCGGAUUUCAGAUGAACUUCAAAAGCUUAAGCAUGCAAAAGACAAUUUGCCAGAGGGUACCUCAGUAGUUCAACUUCUUUCUGGAACUGUCCUUGAUGAUCUUGCUGCUGCUUAUGUGUCAGCUGUGGAAAAUUUUCAAAAGACAGCUCAUUUAGUUUUCAGUGAACUUGGAGCCCGUGGUUCUCUUGUUGAACCAUCUUCAAUUGUGGACACUGCAUUAACUGCUACUGCAGGUCCUGCAGUGUCUGUUCAAGCCCCUAGUACUGCAUUCUCAGUGGGACCUGCAACAAGUGGCUUGCCUGCUAAAGCAACUGAAGAGAGUGAGAAGAGAUUUACUUUGCCCAAAGCUAUUGUUGAAACUCGAAAAACAGGUAGGAAGUUGAACCGGCCACGCCUUGUAAGACCUGAAGAGCCACAGGGUGAUAUAGAGAUGUCUGAGGUGGAUGGAGCUCGCAAUGUGGGCAAAGCUGCACCUUCUGGUGACGUUGAAGCUCAGGGAAAUCUUACUUUAAUAUCUCAACCAUUGGUCCGCAAACGUAUAGCAUCAGCAUCUGCUUCUGAUUUGCAUGAUGAGUCAGUCAUCCAAGGAGAGACUGGCUCUGAUGUAGCAGCACCCUUGCUGAAGAAGUCCAAGGGUUUGGAACCCCCACAUGAGAGUUCUGAAGGACAAUUUGCUGUUCCUGUGGAAAAUCUUGGAACUCUACAAGCCCCUGAAGAAACUCUUAAUAUUGGUGAGUUGGCACAAGCUUCAAAUGAGGAAGCAAUGGAAGCUGAUAAGGAAGAGAUUGAGACUACUGGGGAGAGAGCUGAGGAUGGAAGAGAACAACCAGAUGGCGUGAGUCAAGAUGAAUUGCUGAGUGAGAAGAACAAUGUUCUAGAAGAGAAUUUGGAUAGGCCUGGUGGAUCAGAGAUGGUAUCUGAUGAAGGGCCAAAGGAUCAAGCUGAGCCAGAUAACCAGCAGUUAAUGACAGAAUCUGGAAGUGAGAGAGAGGAGGGAGAGCUUGAGCCUGAUGUUACAGAGCUUGAGGGUGGUGGUGAUAUUUCCAACAUUAUUGGGAGCCCGGAACCAGGGGAAGGUCAACCUGAGCCUGUUGCAAGCCCUCUGGCUUCACCCACUAGGGCUGAUGAUGAAUCUCUAGCUGCUGUCACACUGGAGGUUGGUGAGAUAAAUUCUCCAGAGGUUCUAAACGAUGAAAAGAAUGAUGAAGGUGAUGUAAAUGAAGAGACUGCUGAGGGUUCUGAUAAGUCAAAUGAUGGAAAUGAUCAAAUUCCAGCGGACACUGAUCAGGUCAUGGAAGCUCUCUCUGUUCCACUUGAGAGCGCUUCAGCCAGCGCUUCUUCAGAAAUUGAUGUCUCAAAACAAGGUAGUCCUGUCUCAAAACAAGGCAGUUCAACUGUCACCACAGAAGCAGAAGUGGUAAGACAAGCUUCACCUGUGAGUAGUACUUCAACUACUAUAAACCUUUCAGAGCGAGCUAGGCAGAAUGCUGCAAAAAGAUUAGGUGUGGCUUCUUCUCCAGUGGUUAGAGGAGGACGUGGAAGAGCUGCCCCACGUGCCCGAGGUGCACGUGGGCGCGGUCGUCUUGGACGUGGACAAUCAUCCGGUGAACAAGGCUAAGAUUGGUAAUCUUGCCUGUUCAAUUUUAUUUAUAUCCUCCCCUUUCACUGUAUGUGAAUUAACGUGGUGUCUAAUUAUUUAUUGUUUAUGGUCCAAUCCCAUUACUUGAGGAUUUUGACUCUGCAUUCUGUUUAUAGAACUUCCAAUAGAUACAUGCGGAGUUCAUCGGUGGAUGAUAGUAAUAUGUAACAUCAAUUUUGGUUUCUUAAUAGUAGUUAUUUUCCUCCUCUAUGGAUACGAUGAAGUCUUUUUUAUUUUU